AUUUUCCAGGAAACAUCUUUGUUGAAUCCUUCUUGCAUCCAUCUAGGAAUCCUUGAUCCUCUCUCUACCAUACCAAUGAAUUCUUCUUUUUUCCUUGGCUCUGUAGUAGCUGCUGUAGGCUUCUUUACGUUUUAUAGAAAAUGCAGAUUCCAACAAGAUAACAAAGAUACUAAAUCUUCUUCUCCUUCUUCUUCUUCUUCUUCUUCUUCUUCUCCUUCUUCUUCUUCCUCUUCUGCUUCUUCCUUAUCUCUUCCAUCUCCUUUAACUUAUGUGUCCGGAAACUGUAGACACCAUGUCUUCCCGAGCUUCCACGGACCAGAUGUACGAAAAAUCUUUCUUUGUCACAUUUUGGAAUCCUUCAGAAAUAAGGGAAUUGACCCAUUCAUUGACAAUGAUAUAAAGAGGAGUAAGUCGAUCGGUCCUGAGCUCGUAGAAGCUAUCAAAGGAUCAAAGAUCGCGAUCGUCUUGCUCUCCAAGAACUAUGCUUCUUCGUCUUGGUGUCUUGAUGAGUUGGCAGAGAUCAUGAACUGCAGGGAAGUGUUGGGUCAGAUUGUCAUGACCAUUUUCUAUGAUGUUGAUCCAACUGAAGUAAAGAAACAAAUUGGAGAUUUUGGAAAAGCCUUUAAAAAAACAUGUAAAGGUGAAACAAAAGAGCGUACUGAGAGAUGGAGAAUAGCUUUGGAGGAUGUGGCCCAAAUCGCUGGAUAUCAUUCUCGCAACUGGGUCAAUGAUGCGGCCAUGAUCGAAAAAAUAGCCACUGAUGUUUCAAACAUGUUGAUUAGCUCCACACCAUCAAGAGAUCUCGACGGUUUAGUUGGGAUGAGAGCUCAUAUAGAAGAAAUGGAACAAUUGUUAAGCCUAGAUUUGGCUGAAGUAAGGAUGAUUGGGAUUUGGGGGCCUCCUGGGAUUGGUAAGACGACCAUUGCUAGAAUUAUGUUUGACCAAGUCUCCAGCAGAUUCCAACUUAGUGCGAUCAUGAUUGAUAUCAGAGGAAGCAAUCCAAGACUUCGUUUGAAUGAGUAUAGUGCACAAUUGCAACUUCAAAACGAUAUGUUGUCCAAGAUGAUCAACCAGAAAGAAAUCACGAUUUCUCAUUUAGGAGUGGCAAAAGAACGGUUAAAAGACAAGAAAGUGUUACUCGUUCUUGAUGAUGUGGACCACUUAGAACAACUAGAUGCCUUGGCGAAAGAAACUCGAUGGUUUGGUCCGGGAAGUCGGAUUAUUAUCACAACAGAAGAUUUAAGUGUUUUGAAAGCCCAUAGGAUCAAUCAUAUUUACAAAGUGAAAUUCCCAUCAAGUGAUGAGGCUUUUCAAAUCUUUUGUAUGCAUGCCUUUGGACAAAAGCAUCCAGAGGAUGGUUUCUAUGAGCUUGCUAAGGAAGUUGCAUACCUUGCUGGUGAACUCCCUUUGGGAUUGAAGAUGCUAGGCUCCGCUCUGCGGGGAAAGCCCAAGCAGGAGUGGAGAAUGAUACUACCAAGGCUAAAGACCAGCCUUAAUGGAGAAAUAGAGAGCAUUAUAAACUUCAGCUAUGAUGCCUUAUGUGAUGAAUAUAAAGAUUUAUUUCUUUACAUAGCCUGCUUUUUCUACAGCGUAGAUCCUCAUAAACUUGAAGAGGUUCUUCCAGAGAAAUUCUUGCAUGUGACGCAAGCUGGUCUUCAUGUCUUAGCUGAAAAAUCUCUCAUAUCUGUUGACCAAUUCGGAUGUAUAUCUAUGCAUACUCUGAUUAAGCAAUUUGGAAUAGAAACUUCACGUAAUCAAUACGUUCAUAAUCGGCGUCAUAAAUGUCAACUUUUGGUUGAUAAAAGAGAUAUUUGUGACGUGCUCAGUAAUGAUACAGCAGAUAAAAGACGUUUUAUAGGGAUUAAUUUAUCUAAGAGUGAGGAAGAAUUGAAAAUAAGUGAGAAAGCACUUGAAAGAAUGUCUGAUCUCGAAAUCAUAAAAAUCAAUGGUGAGGAGGAUGAUCUUGCUCAGACUGAUGAGAGACUGAACUCACUUUUACAUCAUUCACAAAAGAUUAGAUUAUUAAAUUGGAGUUAUUACCAGAACUUAUGUUUGCCUACUACUUUUAAUCCGGAGUUUCUCGUCGAACUAGAUAUGAGUUCCAGCAAGCUUCAGAAGCUAUGGGAAGGAACUAAGCAACUUAAAAAUCUCAGGUGGAUGAAUUUGUUUUAUUCUAAAGAUCUGAAAGAGCUUCCCGAUCUUUCAACUGCCACUAAUCUCGAAGAAUUAUGUCUCGAAGGAUGCUCAAGUUUAGUGGAGAUCCCUUCCUCUAUUGAAAAACUCACCCGUCUACAAAUUUUAAAUCUUAGAGGUUGUUCAAGUUUGGUGGAGCUCCCCUCCUCUAUUGGGAAUGCCACUAAUCUCCAAAAGUUGGAUCUUGGUCAUUGUACAAGUCUGGUGAAAGUCCCUUCUUCUAUUGAGAGUUUGACCAAUCUCCGGAAAUUAGAUCUCUCUUAUUGCUCAAAUCUUGUGGGGCUUCCCUCUAUUGGAAAUGCAACUAAACUUGAGGUUUUGGAUCUCUAUGAUUGCUCAAGUCUGGUGAAGCUCCCGUCUUCUAUCAAUGCCACUAAUCUCAAGCAGCUGAAUCUAUCAAAUUGCUCUUGUGUCGUGGAGCUCCCCGCUAUCGAGAAUGCCCCUAAUCUCCAGCUACUGUUGCUCAAAAAUUGCACAAGUCUACUAGAGCUCCCUCCUUCUAUUGUAACUGCCACAAAACUUUGGAGAUUGGAUAUCAGAGAAUGCUCAAGUCUCUUGAAACUCCCAACCUCUAUGGGAGAUUUCACUAAUCUCGAAUAUUUUGAGCUAGAUAACUGCUCAAAUCUGGUGGAGCUUCCUUCAUCUAUAGGGAACCUUGAGCGAUUGUCUACGUUGUCAAUGUGUGGAUGCUCAAAGCUAGAAGCUCUUCCGACCAACAUCAACUUGAAAUCUCUCCGUUCACUUAAUCUCACAGAUUGCUCGCAGUUGAAAAGUUUUCCUGAGAUCUCCACAAACAUUGAGUAUCUCAGGCUGACAGGAACUGCAAUAAAAGAAAUUCCUAUGUCAAUCAUGUCGUGGUCUCGUCUUUCUGGCUUUCAUGUUUCAUACUUUGAAAGCCUCAAGGAUUUCCCACAUGCUCAUGACAUCAUCACGGAGCUGCAGUUAAACAAAGAUAUACAACAAGUUGCUCCAUGGGUCAAGAGAAUGUCGCGUUUAUGUGUACUUAGACUCCACGACUGCAAGAAUCUGGUAUCACUCCCCCAACUCUCAGAUUCCCUAUCUUACAUAGACGCAGACAAUUGUCAGUCCCUUGAGAGAUUGGAUUGUUCCUUUAACAAUCCAGAGAUCCGUCUGAAAUUCAGCAAUUGCUUCAAACUGAAUCAAGAAGCGGUAGAUCUCAUCAUGCACACAUCAACCCGUAAACAUGCAAUAUUACCCGGUACACAAGUUCCUGCCUGCUUCAAUCACCGAGCUACUGCUGGAGGUUCAUUGACAAUCAAGUUGAAUGAGUCGCUUCUUCAUACAUCCUUGAGAUUUAAGGCUUGUGUCAUGAUGGUUAAGGUUACAGACCUAUCUUGUGAGUCGUCGACGUUGGUCUGGAUUAACAUCGUGGACAGAAAAACUGAUCACAAGGUUCAGUGUAAACCAAGCUACCAUGGCGUAGAUAUAUUUUUAUCAGAGCAUAUCUACACAUUUGAAGUUGAAGUAGAGGAGGUGAAUUCCACCGAGCUUUUCUUUCGGUUCGACACAAGCAAUAUCGACUGGAAUAUCACAGAAUGCGGGCUACUCCAAAUCUUGGAGGUCCCUUCAUGUUGAUGGAUGGCAUUGAUGGAGGAGACUGGGAGAAAAAUACAAAAGGUGGAGACGAGGAGGAGAAGGUGAAGAAAGAAUCUUAGUCAUGAGAAGAACGUGAAAACCCAUGGAUUUGUCUAAUAAUAUUCAAUGUGUAGCUGCAUAAUCUUUAUAUAGUACAGCUGCUGAAAAAAGAAAACAGAGAGAGUCCAGCUCCUUGUUUGGAAGUUGGAAUCAGAGUAAGAAGCAUGUUUGUCCAAAUAAACACCGUAUUUUCAGAGACUUGUUUUCUCUUUAAGUUAAAAGGGUUCCUUCCUAUGUUUGUUUUAA